AUGGCUCCCGAGGGCCGGCGCCAACACACCGCCAGCGCGCGCGCCGCUGCUGCUGUCGCCGCCGCCGCCGCCGCCUCCCGCUCCUCACGCCUCACGCCGCCGCCAUGUCUCGCGCUCCUCCUCCUCCUCCUCGACGCCGCCGCCGCUUCCCGCCCCCUCCGGCAAACGGUCACAUUCUUUGACCUUUUCCAGUGCAUUGAUGACCUUUUAGAGCUGGAGGUGACCCUUGACUUGGAUGAGCGUAGACUUAUUCGUUCUGCCAUUUAUGAGCUACGGAAGACAGAGCUGAAAGGAAUGGAGGAAGCACUUGCCUCCAAACGCUUUCGCUCUGAAAGAACAAAUGAACGCCUAGAAAACAAAGAGAAUCACCUCAGGUCUCAUCGGCAGGAAGAGGAUCAGAAAGGCUCUUUGGAUAUCCUGUCAAUGAAACUUGAAUCUAUUAAGGACAUUGAUGAGCUAACUACACUGCUCCGUGGAGCAAGCGAGUAUGAGGAGCGUAAACUGAUUAGAGUUGCUAUCCGCAGACUUCGGGAGCAAGAGAUUGAAGCUCUGUCCAUUCCAAGCAAGUCACUUAGCAUGCUAGUCCGUAGCAAAACAUUGGAAAGCGAAAAACCAGGCAGCACUUACCGACCAGACACAGCACCAAAGACUGCACGAUCAAGCAUGGACCUGGCCAUGGAGCAAGAGGAGAAUGUUCUUCGAAGACUGAUUGGAGAGACUGAAGAUUUGGAACAGAGGCAAAAGAUCCGAGCUCAAAUCCGAGACCUUCGGAAUCAGAGGGGCAUCAGUCGAAUCAAAUCUGAUGGAAUGGCCUCUAAUAUGGUUGUGGUUCUCGACCCACUGAAGAAAAUUAAUGAGAGUCAAGUGAAGGCUGUCCCAGGAUCUCGACAGGGAGAUGAAUCAGCUGGUUUGGAUUGCUGCUCCUCCAGCACCGACUCUGACUGGGGUUUGGAGAGCGGUAGAGAUUCCAGCGGAGGGCAGAGCAGUGUAGAAAGCCACAGGAGAAACAGAUCGCAGAACAAGGAAGAGGCGCUGCAGGAGAGCUUGCCUGGUGUAGAGGAAGAUGAUGAUGAUAAAAAGUCUGACUUGAUUACUAGAGACCGAGGCAGUAUGUUUCGUCUCAAUGGGAACAGGUUCACAGGGCAGACUCCACCGACCGUACAGAGUGCAACUAAUAAGCCAGCGUCUGAUAUCUUACUGAAUGGAAGGCUGGCAUCGGUUCGGAAGUGGCUGCAUUCUGACAACCUUCAAUUAGCCACAAAAGGAAUAAUCGAAGACGAGGAGCAGGGCACCAAACGCUUCAAAGAACUUGACAAAAAGAGGACCUUUGAGGAUGGUACCCCAGGGAGCACAGGAACCCAGCUCAGGAAGGAGACCUCAGAAACGACCGAUGAGAUAUUCAUACAUACCUCGCCGUUCAGGAGAGCCAACUCUGUCAGAGAUCGAAUGAAGAAGUUCACUACGGACUCAUCUGAGCAGCCUGUUGAUUUAGGGACAGAUUUCUUCGCCAAGAAAAUAAACCUGUUGAAUGAGGACAGGAGCAGAGUUCUGCAAAAGCACCAACUUUCCUUACGCAAUCCGGCCUUAAAACCGAAAGAAUCCAGGCCGUUGAGCUGGCAAUCGUCUCUGAAAGGGAGAUCUGCUGAUCUGAAGGAUGCGUGGGAAAUAGGCAAAUCUACAGAUAAACAGGAUGUAUACUUAGUCUCCAAUAGGAGCAACAGGUUCACAGACUCCUAUAGGAAUAAUGGAUUAGAUCGGGACAGAUCUACAUCACUAGCAAACAGGAUAACCAGCUCUGUCAGGGGAGAAAGAAAGGACACUGCACCAACUGGGUACGGUAUUACCAGAUCACAUUCCACAGCCUCAGAGAGGCGGCUAGAGCAGCCUAGCCCAGCAUCUUCUACACUUUCCUUUGUUGGGGGGCAGUCUCUGUCCAGCUAUUCAGUUGCCCCUGAUGUUUCUUUGGCUGAACGGAACAAGCCAAACCUGUUGUCCAUGUUAAAAGACAGCAAGGACACUAUGAAGUCCUCUGCGGGAGCGACCAGUGUUGGUAAAGUACACAGUGGGACUCCAGGGAGGAGCAACAUGAGUGAGUCACAGACCCAUCAGCCUGCGUCAGUGAAGGACUACAGUAAAACCCACUCCAACAGCUCUGUGCAGUUAGAUCAACUUGGUUCUACCAAGCACUGUGACCUGCCUGGAACUCCACGCGGCCAAAACGUUUCCAAGCUAAACGAGGAGAAGAAGCUGAGCAAGGACGAAGAGAACAUGAAGACCUGUUUCACAAUUGAGAUUAAAGAGGCAUGGAAGCCCCAAGCUGUGACUACGAGGAUCACUGGUGCCCCGUCCUCACAGAAAGGAGAGAUGACAUUUGGUUUGAGAGCCACUCCGUUCAGAUUAUUGACGUCCAGCAGCCGCACGAUGGACACGGAACCCAUCAUGGCAGAAGCAGCUCAGUUUCAGCAGACUGAUAGUGUCUUAGCAAAUGGGGUUGCAGAGAAGGCGAAGGAGAUUGUAAAAGAGAAAAAUGUCAAACCGAGUCUGGAGGAUUUGAGCACGAUUGAGGAUGAGGAAGUCCUGGACAAAAUGCUUGACCAGACAACAGAUUUUGAGCAAAGGAAGCUGAUUCGAGGUGCAAUGAGGGAUCUUCGGAAAAAGAAAAGAGAUCAGAGAGAGAAGGAGCGUGAAACAAGACUGCAGGAACUAAAGCAGAAAUCCGAGGAAGAGAAGAAAGCAAAGUCUUUGAAUGCAGCCGAGAUGACUGUGUCCAAAACAGAAAAAUCUGCAGACGGCAAGACUGUGUCCUCGAUGACAAAGACUGAGAAAGUCACCGAAUCAGAUAGCGGCAGCAGAACACGAAGCACCACUGUGCAAUCCAGUUUUGUGAAGAAAACUGAUGGUGGAACGACUCUUGUUCAGACCAAGUCUUCCUUCAGCUCUAGCAGCACCUCUUCCAAGAAAGUCGGCAGUAUUUUCGACCGAGAUGACAGCGUGCAAGCACUAGAGAGAAGACAGGCCGAGAAGCGGAAAGAGGUGAUGAGAUCACAAACGCUGCCACGCACUUCAGGGAUGCAGGCGCGGAAAGCGUUGAUCGAGAAACUAGAAAAAGAAGGUGGAAGCCCUGCAAAUCCAGCUAUUGCCAAGGUGAAGGUGCAGAGGUCUUCGAGUUUUGGUGUGCCCAAUGCCAACAGUAUUAAACAGAUGCUACUUGACUGGUGCAGAGCCAAGACCCGUGGUUAUGAGAAUGUGAAAAUCCAGAACUUCUCCUCCAGCUGGAGCGAUGGCAUGGCGUUCUGCGCUCUUGUCCACAAUUUCUUCCCCGAAGCGUUUGACUUCUCGCAGCUGAACCCCAACAAUCGCAGGCACAACUUCGAGGUGGCGUUCACAAUGGCAGAGAAGCAUGCCGACUGCCCGCAGCUACUGGAUGUGGAAGAUAUGGUACGGAUGAAGGAGCCCGACUGGAAAUGUGUUUACACUUACAUUCAGGAGUAUUAUCGCAGUCUGGUCCAGCAGGGGCUGGUAAAAACCAAAAACUCCUCCUAGGGAUUAUCAGAGAGAAAGGACAGACCGCCUCCUGUGUCCCCCUGAUUGAGGUGGAAGAUAUGAU